AUGAACAACUCUUUGAUGGAAUUCCCCACGAAAUCCAGGAAACGGUGGUCGUGUAAUGUCAAUCACACUGCAAUACGCUUCACAAGGGACAACAUUACACCACGGUGGUCGUGUAAUGUCAAUCACACCGCGAUACGCUUCACAGGGGACAACAUUACACCACGGUGGUCGUGUAAUGUCAAUCACACCGCAAUACGCUUCACAAGGGACAACAUUACACCACGGUGGUCGUGCAAUGUCAAUCACACCGCAAUACGCUUCACAAGGGACAACAGUACACCACGGUGGUCGUGCAAUGUCAAUCACACCACGAUACGCUUCACAAGGGACAACAUUACACCACGGUGGUCGUGUAAUGUCCAUCACACCGCGAUACGCUUCACAAGAGACAACAUUACACCACGGUGGUCCGGUAAUGUCAAUCACACCGCGAUACGCUUCACAAGGGACAACAUUACACCACGGUGGUCGUGCAAUGUCAAUCACACCGCGAUACGCUUCACAAGGGACAACAUUACACCACGGUGGUCGUGCAAUGUCAAUCACACCGCGAUACGCUUCACAAGGGACAACAUUACACCACGGUGGUCGUGCAAUGUCAAUCACACCGCGAUACGCUUCACAAGGGACAACAUUACACCACGGUGGUCGUGCAAUGUCAAUCACACCGCGAUACGCUUCACAAGGGACAACAUUACACCACGGUGGUCGUGCAAUGUCAAUCACACCGCAAUACGCUUCACAAGGGACAACAUUACACCACGGUGGUCGUGCAAUGUCAAUCACACCGCAAUACGCUUCACAAGGGACAACAUUACGUCACGGUGGUCGUGCAAUGUCAAUCACACCGCAAUACUCUUCACAAGAGACAACAUUACGUCACGGUGGUCGUGCAAUGUCAAACACACCGCAAUACGCUUCACAAGAGACAACAUUGCGUCACGGUGGUCGUGCAAUGUCAAUCACACCGCAAUACGCUUCACAAGAGACAACAUUGCGUCACGGUGGUCGUGCAAUGUCAAUCACACCGCAAUACGCUUCACAAGAGACAACAUUGCGUCACGGUGGUCGUGCAAUGUCAAUCACACCGCAAUACGCUUCACAAGAGACAACAUUGCGUCACGGUGGUCGUGCAAUGUCAAUCACACCGCAAUACGCUUCACAAGAGACAACAUUGCGUCACGGUGGUCGUGCAAUGUCAAUCACACCGCAAUACGCUUCACAAGAGACAACAUUGCGUCACGGUGGUCGUGCAAUGUCAAUCACACCGCAAUACGCUUCACAAGAGACAACAUUACACCACGGUGGUCCUGUAAUGUCAAUCACACCGCAAUACACUUCACAAGAGACAACAUUACAUCACGGUGGUCGUGUAAUGGUGGUCGUGUAAUGUCAAUCACACUGCAAUACGCUUCACAAGAGACAACAUUACAUCACGGAUGUCUUUGA